AUGGCUACUGCGUCUCACAUCGAGCUGAAUCCCGCCAGCGCUGGUGUCUACCAUGUCCCCGAUAUAACAACUGAGUCUGGCAAGAUUGGAAGCCAGCUUCUUCAGGAAAACCACGACCAAUUCCAUAUCUACUUUAAUAACAGCGGCUUCCAUAACCAUAUUGCUCAUCAUUUGUUAAGCAUUUACGCCCUAGGAGCCACUCCGGAACAGAUCCAGCAGGCUUUCGACAUCAACAAGUCCUAUCAAAGGCCUCAGUUCCCGGUGGAUAAACAGGAUGUCGAAGCACUGACAGAUGACGACAAGUUUAGAGAGUUUUUGGGCAAGGAGCGCUAUUUCCAUGACUUUGAGAUCUUCUUUCAAAAAGAAAUUGAGGAAAAGGGCUGGGAGAAAGUUCUGAAUGAGCACUUGUUUGCGCGGAAUGAGCAUGCUGAGAAUCUGCUUGACAGAAUGUUUGCUGGCUUCUUACACCCCUUGAUCCAUCUCGGAUUUGGUGUCGAGUUCAAGCAACCAGCCAUCAUUGUCGAAGCCCUUGCCCAAGCGGCAGUACACGAUGGGUGGACAGGAAAAUUCCUCCACGCCGCCGAAGAUGCCGCUAAAGGCAAUACUACAUCGAAAAGUCUGGUGCAGCUCAUCCACGAGGCGCGUGCAAAUGAAAAGCUCCGCACAUCUGCUCACUGGGAGGACGGCAACAAAGUACGCGAUGGUGUUUUCGUCCGCGCUCCAGAUGAAAUGAUAUCACUGGCAUCUCAAUGGCAUGUCAAGCCUGACGAGCUGGAGCAGAAAACAGCCGAGAUGAUCAACGCUAGCAUCUAUUUCGCAGGCGCAGCACAGAAACCGACCAAGCAGAUCAAAUUCGACUUCUUCUACAUGCACUGCGUCAACUGCUCCAUCUUUUUCUCUGCAUUCCUCAAGGAGCCAUGGUUGAAAGUGGAGGACAAGUGCAGGCUGCUGGAAUGGAAGGGCCGAAUCGAUCUUGCUUUGUAUGUGUCACGAGGAUGUCCGGAGCUGCUGAUAGAUGAAAUCAAGAACUACCAACCCAAGAACUCGAGUGACGGGUGGCCAGAAAUCAUCCGUCGGGUCGACAAGUUCCCUGACGAUGGCCAUGCCAGCAAACUUGUCCGGGCGAUUGCGAACGGCGAGCAAGUGUGCAAGCAGUACGAGGCUCAGGCGGGUGAUGCAUUCCCCAUUAAGGGAGACAUGUUCUUGAGGCUGGGUCACAUGGCAAUCGACUCGGUGGAAAGCAGUGAUCCCAACUGGGUGAGAUCUGCCGGUUUUGAAGAGGCGUGGGAGAGUAUUCCAGGACGGGCUAAGUUGUGA